CUUCACCACUUCAACAGCCGAGUGAUCAAACAUGACGGAAAUGUGAAAGAUGUCAAGUCAAACGGGUCCGGCUCAGAAGAACCUCAGUGAAGAGGACAGCUCUGGAUCUGAUGUGGGGUCAGAGGUUGGUCUUGAACCUGAGACAGACCGGUUUGGCUUCAUUGUGACAAAUGGAUCCACAGCUGGGAGUGUGGGCCCACCGCCUGAGCUGGUCAGGCAGAGGGAGACCAAGUGGAUAAACAUCAUUAGCCAAUGGGAUCGCAUGUUGUUGAAGAAGACCAGUAAGGUCAAAGUGCAGUGUCAGAAAGGCAUCCCGGCCUCACUCAGAGCCAAGUGCUGGCCUCUGCUGUGUGGAGCUACUGACAGGAUGAAACAGAAUGAAAACCUCUACCAGUCUCUGGACUCGCAGCCCGCUCUGCAGAGCUGGGUGGAUGUCAUUGAGAGAGACCUGGACCGACAGUUUCCUUUCCAUGAGAUGUUCCUCUCUAAGGACGGACACGGGCAGCGUGGUUUGUUCCGGGUGUUGAAAGCGUACACUCAGUACCAACCAGAGGAGGGUUACUGCCAGGCACAGGGGCCUGUUGCUGCAGUGCUGCUGAUGAACAUGCCUGCUGAGGAGGCCUUCUGGUGUCUGGUGCAGAUUAGUGAGCAGUACCUGCCUGGAUACUACAGCCCUCUGCUGGAGGGCGUCCUGUUUGAUGCAGCCAUGCUGACCUGGGUCUUAAAAAGGACAUGUCCAGCUGCACACAAACACUUGCAGCACCACGGAGUGGAACCCCUCAUGUUCGCCACAGACUGGCUGAUGUGUCUCUUCACACGUCACCUGCCUUUCAACACGCUGCUCCGAGUCUGGGAUCUCUUUUUCUGCUAUGGAGUGCGGGUGCUGCUCCAGGUGGCGGUGGUCCUGGUGCGUCGGGUGCUGGGCCGGGCCGAGCAGAGGAAGCAGUGUCAGGGCCAGAUGGAGACUCUGGAGAGGCUGAGGGGCGUCAGGGAGGAGGUCCAUGAGGAAGACGACACCUUCAUAGCAGAGGUGUGCUCGGUGCAGCUGUCAGCCAGAGAUCUGGAGAAGCACACGGAGAAGGAGUUAGAAAAGUGGAGAAAAGACAGACCCUCAUCCACCUUUGACCCCAGAGGUCGCUGCCAGGGAUACCGGAUGGCGUGGGCGAGGGCACGACAGAGUGAGGAGGCUCGGGACAGGGAAGCGAGAGAGAAAGGGAACCUGUCUGUGCCUCUUACCCGCUCGGCCUCCACUCUAUCGCUGUCUCCCUCCCUCCUUCAAAAGAGGUGGAAGAAAGGAGGAAAGGCGAGCACACGUGAAUGGGAGGGCGGCGGCAAAGUUGUGAGGCAUCUUUCGAUGGGAGCAAAAGAGGACUUCAGGAGCUGGACAGAGUUGAAUUUUAAGAAGGUGCAGGGCGUUCAGGAGGAGGAGGACAUAGUUUUCGAGGAACAUAAAAAACAGAGUGAGACAAAACUAACAGGAGAAACUGAACAGAAAGAACUCUUAGAAAAACCUAAAAAGAUGGAGAUCCAAAAUGUGCCAACAGAGCAUGUAGAAACAGUCAUAAAAGACGAGAUUGUACAAAUGGAAACAAGAACAACUGAAAAGGAAGAAAGCCCACUCAAAGAGACAGUGGAAACUAAAAUGCUUUCAGAAGAGACGGAAAAAACAAACGUGGAGACAGAACAAACCAACAGUCCAGCUGAAGAUCAGACUUCUGAAAAUAUUCUUCAGCCUGAACACAAACAGGGAGAGGAGCUGGACUCCAGCAGCCCGUCACAAGUCUUGGAACAGCAGAGUCCGGAGAGCAAGCACCUGGAAACUGAGGUGAAAGACACAAAUAAAGAGACAGAAGAACAAAGUGGACACACAGCUGCUGUGGAGGAGAAUCAGACUGAGAUACAGGAAGAUGCAGAUAAAAGCACAGAGGUGGAGAUGCAAGAGAGUGUUGCCUCAAGUGAGGAACAGGACGUGAAACCAGAGGAGAGCAUAGAAACUGAAAAUGUGCAACAGAUGCAAGUGGACGCAGUCACAGCUGAGACAAGCCCGGGCUCAGAGACAGACGGUAAAACAGAAGCUGCAACUGUAAAAGAUCCUCCAGUAGAGACAGAGACACAACAGCAAGACGUGAUCACAGAGACAGACGGUAAAAUCGAAGGUCCAACUGUCACAGAUCCUCCAGUAGAGACAGAGACACAACAGCAAGAUGUGAUCACAGAGACAGACGGUAAAAUCGAAGGUCCAACUGUCACAGAUCCUCCAGUAGAGACAGAGACAGAGACACAACAGCAAGACAUGAUCACAGAGACAGACGGUAAAAUCGAAGGUCCAACUGUCACAGAUCCUCCAGUAGAGGCAGAGACAGAGACACAACAGCAAGACGUGAUCACAGAGACAGACGGUAAAAUCGAAGGUCCAACUGUCACAGAUCCUCCAGUAGAGACAGAGACAGAGACACAACAGCAAGACAUGAUCACAGAGACAGACGGUAAAAUCGAAGGUCCAACUGUCACAGAUCCUCCAGUAGAGGCAGAGACAGAGACACAACAGCAAGACGUGAUCACAGAGACAGACGGUAAAAUCGAAGGUCCAACUGUCACAGAUCCUCCAGUAGAGACAGAGACAGAGACACAACAGCAAGACGUGAUCACAGAGACAGACCAAAGCUCACAGGGAGAUGCGUUUGAAGGAAAAUACCAGAGUCAUGAGUCAUUAGCAGAAAUAGACAUGACAGAAGAGCCCCACACCCAAUCAGAGACAGAAGGUGAUGCACUGGCACAGACACAAGAAACAGUCAAGAACAAUGCAGCCACACAGGAUGAACUGGAGGCUGAAAUAGAACUAAUAGAUUCAGAACAUCACACAGAUUCACACACAGACGCAGAAACAUUAAUACGGAGUUCACCUGAAUGCAUCGAACAACAAGAAGAUACUGACUUAAUAGGUGAUACAGAGACUGAAGCAGAAACACCAGCUGCAAGUGACAUAGUGACAGAGUCAAGUGAAGCAUUGGAGAAAGAGUGUGAUGCAGCUGCAUGUGAACCUACACAGGAGGAAGAAGAAGGAAGUUUGACUGCACCCUCAGAGGCCCAGGUUGAUAAGCAAACAGAGGAAACAACAGAAACAGAGACGACUGACUCGAUAACACCUCCACUGAAGGAUGUGACUUCAACACAGGCUGAAGCUGUGACUCUCACCACUGAGCCUGAUGGAGAGACCAGUUCAGUGGAAAUGAGUAUCUCUGAGGAACCUGCACCUGAACAACCAACGAGCCAGGUCACUGUGGGUGCUGUGGAGGAGGAAGAAAGCACAGAAACUGUUCAAGAAAACACUGUAGAAGAGGACGACGUCUUUAUUCCCACUGCACCAACAGACUCUCCCAACACUGACAGCAUCCCACAAGUCCAAGAAAACGACUCUCACCUUGUGAAAGACCAGGAAGAGCCGAAUGACAGCAGUUUGACACAAGCCUCCGCUUUAUGCAGCAGUCGGUCCUCUGGGGAUGUCUGCAUCCGCAAGCCGUCCAGCUCCCGUGGGGCCAGGUUAGCACGCCGGCUCUCUGAAGAUCUCUUCAUCAUGCCAGAGAGGAAAUCACAAUCUAUCCCAAAUCAUCCAGAGGUUGAACACGGUGAAUCACAGUCCAAUCCUGGAGCUGUAAAUCCAACCCAAACUCCUUCAGAUGUCACCCCGUCACCGUCUGCAGCAGUGACCGAGACGACGGCAGUGCAGCAGGAGCAGCCGCCGCCUGACCCCCGUAAACGUUUUGGUCUCUUCCGCAGACUGAGAGGAGAGCAGCCCAAGAAGGUAUCCAAAAUGCAAGUCCCCAAAAUCUUGAUCCAGGAUUUCAGUGACGGGACGGGGAUGGGGAAACCAGUUGAGGAGGAGGCGGUAGAGGAGAAACUAAGCUCCAGGGAAAGGAGGAGGAGGCGGAGGGAGCGAGAGAGAAAGGAGAAAGAGGAGGAAAAGUCGAGGAAGAAGAAAGAGAAGGAGCUGGAGAAGGAGAGGGACCGAGAGAGGAGGAAACCGCAGACGAGGGGGAAGAGUUUCCAGGUGCAAAAAGAGAAAGGGAGCAGUGAUGAGCCUAAACCUGCAAAGACUGCAUCACAGACGCUUAGAUAUUCUGCUUCCUUUACUGAAUCUUACUUCUGACAAAUAAAUAAAUAAAUCUAUCGGACUGGAUCUGGAAAAAUGAGGAGGUGUUUUACGAAGUCCUCUACAUCCUGUCUCAUUGGUCUUCAUCUAAAGCCCUCAUCUAAAUCUCUGUCAUACUUGAACCUUUUGAUUUGUACAUAAAUAUUAAAUAAUGUUUACAUA